CAGCAAAACCUGAGCAGCAUCAGUUUCUGGAAGGAGAAGCAAGAUGAAGGCUUUCUAUCAGCUCUGCAUUCUGAUUGGCCUGGUGCUCAGGACUCACUCAGGUCCAGUUCCAGCAGUGAUGGGCAAGGUGGAGGAAGACCUGGCCAAGGAUUACCUGAAGAAGUUGUACAACAUGAAAGAGGAGACCAAGCAGUCUUUUGGUCGCACGGUCAGUGAGAUGAGUGAGAAACUGGCUGAGAUGCAGGAGUUUUUUAGGCUGACUGUGACGGGAACUCUGGACUCUGAAACGCUGGAGGUGAUGAAGAAGCCUCGCUGUGGGGUUCCAGAUGUGGCAGCUUACAAUACGGCUCCUGGAAACUACAAGUGGUCUACCAACAAGCUGACCUACAGGAUUGAGAACUACACUCCUGACAUGUCUCAGGCUGAGGUGGAGGACUCCAUUGUGAGAGCUUUGAAAGUCUGGUCUGACGUCACUCCCCUCAGGUUCACCCGCAUUUACAGCGGUGUAGCCGACAUCAUGAUCUCCUUCGGUGCCAGAGAUCAUGGCGAUGGCUACCCAUUUGACGGACCAAACGGUUUCUUGGCUCAUGCCUUCUUUCCCUCUCCUGGCAUUGGCGGAGAUGCUCAUUUUGAUGAAGAUGAGACCUUUACCUUUACAUCUCAAAAUGGAUACAUCUUGUUCCUGGUUGCUGCUCAUGAGUUCGGACACGCCUUGGGCCUUGACCAUUCCAGGGAUCCCGGUGCUCUCAUGUACCCAAACUAUAGCUCCAGGGAUGUAAGCACCUUUGUUCUGCCCCAAGACGACGUCAAUGGAAUUCAGUCUAUCUACGGUAAAAACCCUGAUAAACCUGUUGACCCUGAGAAGCCUGAUCCCACACGUCCUGUAACUCCUGAUCCCUGCGAUGCUAACCUGGUCCUGGAUGCCGUUACAAUGCUGCGAGGAGAGAUGCUCUUCUUCAAGAACGGACUCUUCUGGCGCACUCAGCCAUUCAGCUACCAGACUGAACAACACCUGAUCAAGAGCUUCUGGCCAGAGGCUCCAGAGAACAUUGAUGCUGCUUAUGAGAGCCCAUCAAAUGACUUGGUGUACAUCUUUAAAGGUCAGAAGGUCUGGGCUCUUUUUGGUUACGAUGUCGCAAAGGGAUAUCCCAAACCCCUCAGCAGCUUGGGGCUUCCUAAAACAGUACAGAAGGUCAGCGCUGCUCUUUAUGACCAGGAAUCUGGCAAGACCCUCCUCUUUGUGGAUGGCGUUUACUACAGCUACGAUGAGGGCAAGAAAAAGAUGGAUAGAGGUUUCCCUAAACGUGUGGAUGCCCUCUUCCCAGGAAUGGCCGAAAAAGUGACUGCAGCUUUCCAGUACAGAGGAUUCACCUACCUCUACAGUGGACCACGCAUGUUCGAGUUUGGCUAUGGAAGACUCCUGCGUGUGCUUGACAACAACUACUUCUUGCCGUGCUAAAUAUUCAGAUCCACAUGCCAUACAGGCAGUGGCGCACCAGUGUCUAAAUUAUUAUAGUAAAUUAUUAAACAAUUGGUAAAUUAUGAAUUAAAUAUUUAUAAUUUAAUUCCUCAACAAACAGUUAACUUAUUUAAAAUAUAUUUCAGUAAUAUUGAUGUUGUUGCUUUGCUACUGUUCACAUUGCUUGCAACAUUACUGUUACAUGUUGUUAUUUACAAUAAAAAUAUCUUUACAUUAAUCUA